AUGCUGCGCCUCAGCUGGCUCAUCCAUUUUCGGCUGGUGGCCGGGGACGCGCAUUCCUGGUGCCAACCUGAUGCUGGCAGCUGCGUGGGAAAGCUUCAUCGGUUUGAGAAGCGACAAUCGACAGCGGCCUUGCCAUGCUUUGGCGAGCAUCAUCCGAGAGUGCAGCUGGCUGAUUGGGAUGGGGACGGAGACAUGGACGUGUUGGUGGGUUACAGCAUUGUGGACAAGCCCAGCUAUUUCCCCCCCUUGAAUCCUGCUAUGAAUACCAGCUGGCCGCAUGGAGUGACCCUGUACGAGCGUCUCCACGAUGAUACCUUCAAAUCGCAGGAGUUACUUGGCGCCACACUCUCUGAGAUCAUCGAUGUCGCGGUGGUUGAUUGGGAUGGUGACAAGAAGUUGGAUCUGCUGCUGUGCUCUGAGAUGGGUGGCUCAGUCCAUAUCAGCCUGUUGAGACAUUCCGAGUUGCCGCUAGUGGGCGCCGAAUUGGACGAUUUCACCCUGCUGGUCAGGGUCAAUGGGACCACAUGCGCAGGAUGGCACCUAAAAAAAGCAUUGCAGGCCGUCGACUUCGACGAAGACGGGGAUGUAGACCUUAUUCUUCAGCAAAGGUAUUUCGAGCGAAUAUCGGAAACAGUUUUAGUCGAGCGGACGGGGAGUCAAAAUCCCAUCAACAUCUUCGGUGGGAAACUGGCCGUAAUUGCUGACAUAGAUGGUGAUGGCCGCCUGGAGGUCUUGAUGGAGGGUUGGAACCGUCAGAGCAACGGUCCUGGCGGCACGCUGCACCUCCGCUACUUUCGACGUGCUGGUGAUGACAGUUUUGUGGAGCCCGCAGAAAAUCCAUUGGCAGGUUUUUCGUUCUACAAUGGGGAGUCGGGCCAGGAAAGAGCUUUUGUGGCCGACUGGAAUUCGGAUGGAUGGCCAGAUCUGAUUAUUCUGGAGUUCAGUAAUUGGGGGGCGAGACUUCUGGAUUGCUACACUUAUCCUGAUGUAUCCCAGCAGGUCGUGGAAUCUGAUCUGUACAAUUCCGUGAUGAACACCUUUGGGGAUGUUGAUCUUGGCACCAGCACUCGCACAAAGCAGCUCAGCGCCGUCGACUGGAGCGGAGACGGCGUUUUGGAUCUGCUGGUGACCUGGCACCGGGAGCAAAGAUUGCCGCAGCUGUAUGAUGGUCGCCGCGAGAGACCUCAUGAAGGAACUUCGGCUUUCGAGAAUGUCACAGCCACCUCUUUGGAACCUGCGACGGGCCCUUAUAACUUUCCGAAUGGUUACAGGCUAGCAGCGGAAGACUUUGAUGGGGAUGGAGAGGUAGAUCUCCUCAUAGCCAGUGAGGCUGAUGGAAGGCUGCACUACCACCGAAAGGUUUCGGGCCGCCUGCAAGCAGAGGAGUACAGGCAUCCAUUCAAUAACAUCACAGUCAAGUCAUAUAUGAAUGAAUACCACGAGGGAGAAACGUACUAUCAUUUGGUGCAGCCUAUUUUCCUCGACUGGGACAAUGACGGUGACGUAGAUCUGUUACUUGGCGCGCCUGAUGGACGUUUCUUUGAGCAGCUAGCCGAUGGAAGUGUAAUGGAGUGGCCGCUCGAGCAGAGCCCAAUGCGGAAAGUGCUGGCGGAGUUGGAAGAGCUGGAUACAGCUUCCCAAAGCACACGCUUCCACAUGAUGAACAGUGCUUGGAGAUUCUUGGAUUGUGAUGGUGAUGGCGACCUGGACAUGGUUCGCCUGCAUUAUGCAAAAGACGGAUUUUGGCACAAUCGGCUGCAGGCCUGUGAGCACGACUCCACGGAUGCGUUGCGAUGUGAUGAUGAUUUUCUGUGUUUGGGGACGAAUCUCAGCAAAUUCGUGACGGGCGAGUUCGGCGAGUUAGUGUCUUUCGACCUGGGAGAUGUGACCGAUGGGAGCCUCAGGUUAAUCGCAGCCCACGAAAACACGAAGGGCGCUGUGCUUUGGAGCGCUGGCUUUUGUGCUCCCGAAAAGCCCUGCCAUGAAAAGGGCCUCUGCACGCCCGGACAGACUGACUGCAGCUGUGUUUCAGGGCACAACUUAAGUGACUGUUCAGGCUGCCAGCAGGAUUUCUACAGCAUGCAGUCGCAACUGGGGCGGCUGCACAGUUGCAUUGCCUGUCCUGGGGCAGAUGGCAAGAUAUGUCAUGGUCGAGGCUUUUGCUUCGAUGAUGCUCUUGCGAAGCAGCUUCCGCAAGAGUCCACGGCAGCAUUGAUGGCGACGGGCAAUGGAACUUGUCACUGCCACGAAGUGCACUUCUUCGGCAGUGACGAAGAGGGUCGCAGCAGCUGCAUCGACGGCAUCUGUCCAGCUGGCACCGAGGAGAAGGAUGGCAGGUGUGAUCCAUGUAGUGCUGGUGCAGCCUCUGUGGCAGGAGACAUGUGCAAGAAAUGCCUUCCUGGAAAGUACUCGCUCUCUGGAAGUGCGAGCUGCUCCAAAUGCCCAGCAGGGACCAUCUCAGAAGCAUCUGGGGCUUCAGCAUGUGAGGCAUGCCCUGCAGGAAGGUAUGAGCUUGAAGAGCAGUUCUGCCAGGAGUGCUCCCCUGGCUUCAUCUCUGUUCGCAACAGUAGCUAUUGUACGAAGUGCCCAGCUGGUUUUAUGGCACCAGAGUCGGGCAGCAGCACCUGCAUCCCAUGCGCUGGCGGCUCCUUCUCCGACACCGGAAGUGCCAAAUGCCAGGAGUGCUCCCCUGGCUUCAUCUCUGUUCCCAACAGCAGCUAUUGUUCGCAGUGCCCAGCGGGCUCGAUGGCACCAAAGUCGGGCAGCAGCAUGUGCAUUCCAUGCGCUGGCGGCUUCUUCUCCGACGAGGGAAGUUCAAAAUGUAUGGCCUGUCCGUCUGGCAAAGUUUCAACUUCAGUCAGUGGUGCAUGCAGAUCAUGCGAUGCCGGGUUCUUUUCCAGAGAUGCCCUCACAUGUGAACCAUGUCCUAGUGGAACGCUCUCGAAAGCAGGAAGCAGCGCAUGCCAAAGCUGCCCCGCAAAUGAAGUAUCACUUCCCGAAAGUUCCGGGUGCACGCGCUGCGAGGGAGUCUUUCUGCGAGAAGUUGCGGAUGCAACGAAGCAGCAGUGCCAGGCUCGUGGUAUGGAUGUAGUUCUUGCCAUGAUCUCUUGGAUUGCAAUUACCGGCCUUGGCUUCCUAUGCUUUUCUGGGCUCUUCGGUUCGAUCCGCGUGGAGGACCUAUCGGCGCAAGGCCAGAAGUUGGUGCUGACCACCUCGAUGAUGCAUUGGGUUCUCCACUGGGCGCUGCCAGAGGUGAGGUUCAGUGGCACCGACGUGCCUGCUUUGGAGGAGCGUCGCUUUCGUCUGAAGACGUUAAACUCCUUCCAGCUGCUGCUCGUCGAUGACAGCACGGACCUGAUGCCACUGGACACCUCGAUAGGACGCAUUCGCCUGAAGCCCCUCCGCGGGUUUCUGGUGACUGGCUUCUGGAGAUGUCCCCUCCUGGUGUGGUGCUUACUGCUUGUGGCAGCAGUUGUGGGACUCGCCAGCCAACUACGCUGGGCCUUGCUGUUGCUGGUCUGUGGCUCGGGUCUUGGUGCCGGCGCAGUGGGCUUUGCAUUAAGGCAGAGGCAAGACCGCACCUCUCUGGAAAAGCGCUGCCAUCAAUUCUUCAAGCAGUGGCCUCCAGUGCUACAGCGCUGCAGUCGUGGGCCAGACCGUUCCAUCACCGCAGGGCAGCUUCAGGAUUUCUUGCAGUUCUUCGAGACCUUCGUCAAGGAGCGAUCCAUGUACUAUGUCUGCUCCAAUAUCGUGAAGCCGCUCACGAGGCCUUACCAGCUAUCCUUCGCGGAGUUAGUCGGUCCCAAAAAAAUCCGGUGGUUCGUCAGUCACUUUUGGGGCAUGCCAGUGCGUCAUUUCAUGGACGCCGUUCGCAAACAUGCCCUAUCAGAUCAAGAAGAGUGGCGGGAAUCUGCAUAUUGGGUUUGCACAUUCAGCAACAGUCAGUGGCAUGUCAAGGAAGAGCUGGGCAACUGCCAUUGGGAGCAAUCUUCAUUUUAUCUUGCUCUUACAAGCCCUGACUGCAAAGGAACUGCCAUGAUUCUUGACGAAGGUGUCCAGCCACUCCAGCGUAUUUGGUGCCUUUUCGAAGUUUAUCACACGAUUUGUUUGUCACAAGAUGGUCGUUCUCAAGGCCUGCUGCUCUGCACCUCCACGGGAGUGUUACAAGAGGGCAAGGCCGGCGCGGAUGUCGCUGUGGCCGUGGCAGAGAGGGCCAAAGAUCUGGACACGCGGUCGGCCAAGGCCACAUCAGAGGAAGAUCGGCAGAUGAUCCAUCGGCUCAUAGAACAGAUGCCAGGAGGUUUUGAAGCCAUGAACUCCUUCGUGCGGGAGACGAUUUACUAUGCUUUGGAAGCUUCCCAUCAGCAUUAUGAAAGUGCCUUCAAGAAGUUGGUCACGGAGUUUGCUGCUACACAGGGUGCUUUGGUUUCCCCGACGUUGCCUUUGCCUACGCUUCUAACCGGCCGUUCCACCCAUGGAGAGUUCCGGAGUGAAACAGGAAAUUCCAAAGGCUCAUAG